AUGCGGUUCCCAAACUCCCCUCUGUUUAAAAGAUGGGGUGACAACCUAACAGAAGACCAGGAAGUGGCAGCUCAGGGCCUGUUUGUACAGUAUGGGUACAAUGUCUACCUCAGUGACCAACUACCUCUGGACAGAUCUCUCAAAGACACCAGGCCUUCCAGGUGUCAAGAGAAAAAAUAUCCACAUGACCUCCCAACAAUUAGCGUUGUUCUAAUAUUUGUAAAUGAGGCCACAUCCAUCAUCUUGCGUGCGAUCACCAGCAUAAUCAAUAGAACGCCUUCCCAUCUCUUGAAAGAAAUUGUCUUGGUUGAUGACUGCAGUUCGCAUGAGGACCUAAAAGAACCUUUGGAGGAGAAGAUCAAAAGGUACAAUGUAAAACAUCCUGGGCUGCUGAAAUUGGUCCGGCAUCAGAGAAGAGAAGGUCUCACACAAGCUCGGAUUUCUGGCUGGAAAGCAUCCAGUGCUGACGUUGUGGCUAUCCUGGAUGCACAUAUUGAAGUCAAUCAUGGAUGGUCUGAACCCAUUCUGUCUCGAAUCAAGGAAGACCGCACUGUUAUCAUAUCCCCAGUGUUUGACAAUAUCCGCUUUGAUGACUUCGGACUAGUCCCAUACAUUGAGGCUGCAGACGGAUUUGACUGGGCCCUCUGGUGUCUCUACGAGUCAGUUCCAGGGGACUGGUACGCACUCAAAGAUGAAACAGCACCAAUCCAGAGCCCUUCUAUUAUGGGAAUAUUUGCUGCAGACAGAGAGUUUUUGGGAGCAAUUGGGGUACUGGAUGGUGGAAUGAAUAUAUAUGGAGGAGAAAAUGUGGAGCUGGGCAUCAGGACUUGGCAGUGUGGAGGGAAAAUUGAAGUCUUGCCGUGUUCAAGGGUCGGCCACCUCGAAAGAGCUCACAAACCCUACUUGCUGGAUCUGUUCCCUGCUAUGAAACGGAAUGCAUUGCGUGUAGCGGAAGUGUGGAUGGAUGAGUACAAAUAUAUGGUCUACUACGCCUGGAAUAUUCCCUUGGAGAAUCCUGAAGUAGACUUUGGAGAUGUUUCUGCAAGAAAAGAACUAAGGAAGAAACUGAAUUGUAAAAGCUUUGAUUGGUAUAUAAAAAAUGUGUAUCCUAAUUUAGUACCUCAGACUAACAUUGUGGCCUAUGGAACAAUGAAAAACACAUUAAGCGAGGACAUCUGCAUAGAUCAAGGCCCAGUGCCUGGAAAUACUCCCAUAAUGUAUGGCUGUCAUGGAUACGGCCCACAGCAUGUGUUCUAUCAUAGCACCGGAGAGAUCUAUGUGGGAAAUUUACAAGCUCGGCGCAAUGCGGUUGAUCGAUGCUUGGUUGAUACAGGCCAAGAAGAGGUGCCCUUUCUAGAGGAAUGCAAUGAGGCUAUUAAGAAGGGCCUAAGCAUGCACUGGGAUUUCAGACAGGGAGUGGCUGUAGUCAACAGAAAAACUAAAAGAUGCCUUGAAAUUGUGAAAGACCAGGGGGCAUCAUAUUUCAGACUUGUUUUGCAAAACUGUACGGGUCAAAAGUGGACCAUUCAACAUACCGUGAAAGACUGGGGAAGCAAAGGAACUGCUGGAUAA